GGUCGCGCAGUCUCUCUUCACCAGCCCAAAGCGACAGCCGUUCUGAUUCGAUUGCGCCGGCUUCCCUGUCCUUGGCCAGCCAUGUUGAGCGCGCGAGAUAGAGGGCGGAAGCACGAGCGAUUGACAUGUCCAGCGGCCGCUGAUUAAUGUCGCGCUGCUCGAGGCCCGUCAGAGCGCGCCCCGCCAUUCCCCCACAUUUUGCUUCUCCGGCCAACCUCCAGGACCUGUUAUGGAGAACAACAACACUGCGGAAGCGCAGCCAACUUCCGACGCGCCCGCCAAGAAGGGACGAAGGGGCAAGAGGGAUGCGGGAAGCGACGACCCCAAGAAGAGGCGGUGCAUCUCUUCCGCCUGUGUUCCGUGCAGGAAGCGCAAGUCCAAGUGCGACGGAACCACUCCGGCUUGCUCAGCUUGUGCCGCCGUCUACAACACGCCAUGCAUCUACGACCCAAACUCGGACCACCGCCGCAAGGGCGUCUACAAGAAGGACAUAGACAACCUCAAGACGCGUAACUCGACCCUCCAGACCCUCAUCCAGGCCAUCCUCAACUACCCAGAAGACGAAGUCGCCCACCUUGUACAGCAAAUACGCACCUGCGAGAGCUUGGACUCGGUCGCCGAAGCUAUCAUUGCAAAGGAGAACGGCGAAGACGACGAGGAUGAGCCCAUCAGCCCAGUCACCACCCCCAUCAUGGCCCCGGCCAAGGGCACCUUCGAGAGCCAGCUGAGCGGAAAGAUGGGCGAGCUGCGGCUCGAGGAUGGAUCGACGAGAUACAUUGGCGGCACAUCACAUCUCAUAUACCUGGGCAAAGGCAGCGAAGAGGCCGAGUCGCCAGACACAUACUCCGAGGAUCAGUACCCGGAAGCCCAGGAUCCAUUCUGCUCGUGGACCACCGUCACCUCGGACCCGGAGCUCGUACAGCACCUGAUUAGCAUGUACUUUUGCUGGCACUACAGCUUCUUCACCACCCUGUCCAAAAACCUCUUCCUACAAGAGUUUCAACUAGGCAAACCGCCGCUAGGGUCCGCAAGGAAGACACAAUACUGUUCGCCGUUACUCGUCAACGCCAUGCUAGCACUGGGCUGUCACUUCACAUCCUGGCCUGCAGCCCGAGCUAUCCGCGAUGACUCUGCAACGGCGGGCGACCACUUCUUCAAAGAAGCCAAACGGCUGAUCAUGGAGGACGAUCUGCACGAGGUGCCAGCUUUGACAACCGUGCAAGCUCUGGCGUUGAUGUCUGUACGAGAAGCUGGUUGCGGGCGAGAAGCAAAGGGAUGGGUCUACAGCGGCAUGUCGUUCCGCAUGGCAUGCGACCUUGGCCUGAAUCUCGGUAUGCACAGCAAGGACACAAUCGACGACAAUGAAGAAGACGCGCGAAGGAUCACCUUCUGGGGCUGCUUCCUGUUCGACAAGUGCUGGAGUAACUACAUGGGACGAUUACCACAACUGCCCAACACGAUCCUUACAGUCCCCAAGUUCGAAGUCUUUCCUAGUGAAGAUGCGGAAACGUGGAGCGCAGUCACAGACUCUGGUCUCAGUCAAGCACAUUCUCAGCCCAGUCGGACUCGUGCGGUCGCGCUUCAGAUCUCUAAGCUUUGUGAAAUCUCCAGCGACCUAAUGAACUCCUUCUAUAACCCGACUGAUAUGGACAAGGUCAAAGGCAGGCAAGCGGAGCUGAAGAAGCUGAGCGAAAUACAUAUGCGUCUAGAGACGUGGAAAAGAGAGUUGCCCAAAGAGUUGGAGCCCAAGGAAGGUGGUUUACCACACAUGCUUGUCAUGCAUAUGUUCUUUCAAUUGCUGUAUAUCCAUCUUUUCCGACCGUUCCUCAAGUACAACCCGAACAACUCCCCAUUGCCCGCAACUGUAUCACCAAGGAAGCUAUGUACACAAGCUGCUGCCAUGAUCUCAAAGUUACUUCGACUAUAUAAGCGAUCGCAUGGCUUGCGCCAGAUAUGCAACAUCUGUGUAUAUAUCGCACACUCGGCAUGCACGAUACACCUUUUGAAUCUACCGGAGAAGAAUGCGAAGCGCGAUAUCAUACAUGGCGUCAAGCAUCUUGAGGAAAUAGCUGAAGGCUGGCUCUGUGCUCGCCGGACCCUCGGCAUUCUCAGCGUUCUGGCCAAUCGUUGGAAAGUCGAGAUGCCAGAAGAAGCUGCCACAGUACUGUCCCGGACCGAUGCCAAAUAUGGUCCCUGGAACGAGAUCAAUACACCUAGAGCAAACCGCCGCGCAUCCAUUCAGACGAGCAACCAUCAUCCAUCACCGGCGGACCAAGCGUCCCCAAGCCUGCAACCAUAUAGCAUGAAUAUGACGAACAUGGCCACACCCCAGUUCUUCAACCGAGUAACAGCAAACACCAACAGUUCCGUAAGCAAUGAUCCUUCUGCGCGCCCUUCCAGCACCCACUCUAUACCUCCCUCCGACGCAAACGCCCUGGCUUACAUGCGCAAUCAGCACCAGAUCAGCACACCACAAAACUCAUCUUCCGCCCUCAAUGCACCAACACCAGCGUCUACACAAGGCCGACGUUCCGUCGAUGGCGGACAAACGACCGCUGGAAACUCUCCAAGCCAGCUCUUCGGCGGUGUGGACCAGUUACUACGAGAAGGCCAAGAUUGGAUCUACCGCGAUCAGACACAGCUCGCGACUGACUUUGAGAACUGGAACCCACAAGGCAUCGAUGACAUUGCGAACUGGUUUGCCAACACGACCAGCCCAGCAGGUCCGUUCCAGGCCAACACCAACGCGCCUGUCAUGAGCAAUGAGAUGAGUGGAGGACCUGUGGGUGGAAACGCGGUGAAUGGUUACACGAAUGGAAACGCAAAUGGAAAUGGAAAUGCCAAUCCGACUCCAAGUUUAAACGGUUUUGGCGCAGCUGGUUUUAAUGGUAUGGGAAUGCAGGGGUUUACUUAUGACGAACAAAGCUGGUAUCAAUAGGGCAGAGAUGGGAAAAUAUAGGCACCACUGUUGAUAAACUACGGGUAUGCAAGGCGUCUACAACGGCGUCGGAGUUUUUAGAAAUGAACUAAUGAUACACUUUGUAUGCCUCGAA